GGCGGGGUGGAAAUCCAGCUGACAUCCCCAGACUAUCCAGAUCUAACUGUUGCAGAGCGAUGCUGCGCGUUAAGUGGACAGGUAACAGUUAACUUCUCCACAACCCGAGGGGGAAAAACGUUGAACUAAAACAGAGUCCAGGAAAACAAGCUGCGACGCUGGGAGCCCACGCAAGUUUAUUAACGGGAUUAUUCCCCCCUUACAGCAGGGAGAGAUUCGAGAUAGAAGCUGUGCGUAAAAAUCCAAAGAUUCCUCAGAGGGGGUUGACCAUCGGAUGGAGGAUUAUGCCAAAAGUGCUGCGUUUUGAGGAGCAGCGUAUUCAUGCAAAUUCAUAAAAUCAUAGGCGUGCCCUUGGGCGAUGGAGUCACAGCCGGAAAAGCAAACCCCCCUCCUGGAUCAUCAGCAACCUUCAAAGACUGUGAUGCACGGCGUGCGGACACAUUGACAGCGACACUGGGGCUAAAGUUUUAAAGGCGCAAAAGAGAGAGAAGAAGAGAAAGUUAGGGUUUAUUCUUCCGUCGACUGUCUGUAGUUCUUCCUCAACUCAGUCACCAGCUCCACAGCGGCGCCCUAGGAUCUCCGACUAAAGACUUGCUGUGCAGCCUGAAACGCACUGCAACUGCCCUUACCACCAGCCUUUGGUCUUAAAUAUUUCAAAUAAUAUAUUUUCUAAAUGUUUACACUCGCUUCGGACCAUUUUAAACAGUCAGAGUCAUAAUCCAGAUGAAGUUACCGUCAUCUCUUUUUAUAGUAUUUGUAAGUCAAGACGAGACCACUGACUUGUCUCAAUAUUAAAAAAAACAAAAACUUUUCUAAAUCGUAUUUAAAUUACUGAGGACUUUUCCCCCACCAUGUCAGAGGACGACAGCAGCUCCAACACCAGCUGUGUGUCUGACACAGACGCCAGCAACAUUAGUGUCCUCAGCUGGGAGCAAGUGCAGCGACUGGACGCCAUUCUGACGGAGACCAUUCCGAUCCACGGCCGGGGAAACUUCCCCACUCUGGAGAUGCAGCCGCGACAGAUCGUCAAAGUGGUGCGGAGUCGGAUGGAGGAGAAACAGAUCCACGUCCGGGACGUUCGGUUAAACGGCUCUGCGGCCAGCCACAUUCUGCACGAGGACAGUGGACUGGGCUACAAGGACCUGGACCUCAUAUUUUGCGCAGACAUGAAAGGUGAAAGUGAUUUCCAGACUGUGAAGGACAUAGUUUUGGACUGUCUCCUGGAUUUUUUACCCAACUGUGUGAAUAAAGAGAAAAUAACCCCGUUGACUUUAAAGGAGGCCUAUGUGCAAAAGAUGGUAAAGGUGUGCAACGACUCUGACCGCUGGAGCCUCAUCUCCCUCUCCAAUAACCGGGGGAAGAAUGUGGAGCUGAAGUUUGUGGACUCCCUUCGGCGGCAGUUUGAAUUUAGCGUGGACUCCUUUCAGAUCAAACUGGACUCCCUACUGCUCUUCUAUGAGUGCUCAGAGAACCCCAUGGCUGAGACCUUCCACCCCACCAUCAUGGGCGAGAGUGUCUACGGGGACUUCGGCGAAGCCCUGGACCACCUACGUCACAAGAUCAUCUGCACUCGGAACCCAGAGGAGAUCCGGGGUGGAGGUCUCCUCAAGUAUUGUCACCUGCUGGUGAGGGGUUUCCGGGCUGCGUCAGAGUCAGAAAUGAAGUCCCUGCAGCGCUACAUGUGCUCACGCUUCUUCAUUGACUUCCCUGAUAUUGGUGAGCAGCAGCGUAAGCUGGAGUCCUACCUUCAGAACCACUUUGUUGGCCUGGAAGACCGCAAGUACGACUACCUGAUGACCCUCCACGGAGUUGUCAAUGAGAGCACGGUGUGUCUGAUGGGACAUGAGAGGCGGCAGACCUUAGGGCUCAUAGCCAUGCUGGCAGUUCGCGUUCUUGCCGAGCAGAAUGUCAUCCCCAACGUGGCUAACGUCACAUGUUACUACCAACCUGCUCCUUAUGUGGCAGAUGGCAACUUCAGUAACUACUACAUAGCCCAGGUACAGCCGGUGUUUGCUUGCCAGCAGCCUGCGUACUCCACCUGGCUGCCGUGUAACUGAGUCAGCCUCACAGAAUGGAAGAGGAUGAGAGUCUCAAUUAUAAAAAAAAAAAGAAAAGAAAAAGAAAAAAGAAAAAUAGCAAGCGUGAGCGCAACAGUUGUGCCCACAUACCUGGCC